UAGCUGGCUCGGGAGCCAAGUGAGUGGGUGACAGGUCGCUCCUGACCGGGAAGGUUGUCCAGCACCGCGGGGCUGGGUUUCAGGUCAGCGGGACCAUGCAGAGAGACAGGAGGGCAGAGCUGUGCCCCGGGCUGCUCCCCAGGACCUGACGGAGACCCCGCAUUUUCAGGGAUCCUGGUGGUUUCUAACCCCUGGCGCUGUGGGAACAAAACAAGACCAAGCUGGCCCUUAGUGGCACUGUCAUUGAGCCCACCUGAUCGCUGCCAUAGAAUGGACUCUAGCCAGGCUGGGAUGCCCAGUCCUCUGCCCUCAAGGGCCAAUGGGAACAUCAACCUGGGACCUUCGGCCAACCCAAACGCCCGGCCCACCGACUUUGACUUCCUGAGAGUCAUUGGCAAAGGGAGCUAUGGGAAGGUCCUGCUGGCCAAGCACAAGUCUGAUGGGAUGUUCUACGCAGUGAAGGUGCUGCAGAAAAAGUCCAUCUUAAAGAAGAAAGAGCAGAGCCACAUCAUGGCGGAGCGCAGUGUGCUGCUGAAGAAUGUACGGCACCCCUUCCUUGUGGGCCUGCGCUACUCCUUCCAGACGCCUGAGAAGCUCUACUUCGUGCUGGACUAUGUCAACGGGGGAGAGCUCUUCUUCCACCUGCAGCGGGAACGCCGGUUCCUGGAGCCCCGGGCCCGGUUCUACGCCGCCGAGGUGGCCAGUGCCAUUGGCUACCUGCACUCCCUCAACGUCAUUUACAGGGAUCUGAAACCAGAGAACAUUCUCUUGGACUGCCAGGGACACGUGGUGCUGACGGAUUUUGGCCUCUGCAAGGAAGGGGUAGAGCCUGAGGAUACCACAUCCACAUUCUGUGGCACCCCUGAGUACUUGGCUCCAGAAGUGCUUCGUAAAGAGCCUUAUGAUCGGGCAGUGGACUGGUGGUGCUUGGGGGCCGUUCUCUACGAGAUGCUGCAAGGCCUGCCACCAUUCUACAGCCAAGACAUGUCCCAGAUGUAUGAGAACAUUCUGCACCAGCCACUGCAGAUCCCUGGGGGCCAGACUGUGGCUGCCUGCGACCUCCUGCAAGGCCUUCUCCACAAGGACCAGAGGCAGCGGCUGGGCUCCAAAUCAGACUUUCUUGAGAUAAAGAAUCAUGUAUUCUUCAGCCCCAUAAACUGGGAUGACUUGUACCACAAGAGGCUGACUCCACCCUUCAACCCAAAUGUGGCAGGACCUGCUGACUUGAAACACUUUGACCCCGAGUUCACCCAAGAAGCUGUUUCAAAGUCCAUUGGCUGUACUCCUGACAAUGUGGCCAGUAGUUCUGGGGCCUCCAGUGCCUUCCUGGGAUUUUCCUAUGCACCAGAGGAUGAGGCCAUCCUGGACUACUAGAAGAGAAGUGUUCCUAGACUAGUGUAACCACUGAAGACAGCUGGUAUCCUUCAGGAAUUAUCUUCCUUACCUAAUGCUGCUAGUAACAGAGACUCAGAGUAACAAGGACUUACAUAAGGUUACAUAUAUCUUUCCAGCACAUAAAGGAAGAAUGUUGUUAGGUGGUCCAAGGCUGGUUGGACAGGUCUUCAGAUACUGAGGCUUUCUGUAUUUCUGCUGUGCCGUCUUCGGCAAUUGGCUUCCAAUAUUAGGAUUGCUGUAUUGCCACAAAGUGGUUGCUAGAGCUCUAUAGUCACUGCUUCUGUGUCCUGAGCAAGGAGAAUGGAGGCAAGGAGGGGAGAGCAAAAUAGCACCUUUACGGAGCUUCCCCAGAAGCACCCACCAAUGGCUUCUGCUCAUUAGCCAUCCACUCCUACCUGCAAUGGAGGCUAGGAUAUGUGGUUUAUUAGCUGGGCACAUUACCACCCUUAAAAACACAGGCUCUGAUCCUAAGAAAUGUGGGGUAGGCAACCAGCAUCUCUCUACCAAAGGAUCUCUAGGUGUUUGGAUUUUUAUCUCCACGUGUAAAAUGACAGAGAUUUCAUUUUAUAUGUCACCUCUAGGCUAUCCCCCAGCAUGCUCUCAUUUUUCUCUGUUGAUGGUGUCUUUUUCUUUGUUGUGGGUGGUAUUGGACGUUUGUUUUUAGGUUUGCCUGCCUGACAUCUGAAUCCUUUCCUAUGUCCAGAGAAUCUCCUAGCUUGUGAGCCCCGAUGAAGGGCAGUAAUUACCUCUACUUACAGUGGCUGAAAAUGCUAGAUAACUGAUUUUCCCAGCCUCCCCUGCUGUGAGGGCCAGGCAUGUGGCCCAGGGACGCACCUGUGCCAUAUUUUGACUCAAGAAAGGGACUAGAACCUUUCAUGUGGUAACUGUGGUAACAGUACCCACAAAACCUAGUAGGAUGGAUCAUAUUGCCUUAUUUCCGUGGCAAAGUGGUUCUUUCUUUCUUCUUCUUUUUUUUGGUCCCCCACAGACCUGUGGUUCAUCAGCUACUUCAGGGUGGGCUCAUUGGCUUUUUGGCUUGUGGACAAGGAGGGAACUUUAACAUCAGUGUGUGCUGGUGAUUUUACUGCUUUCUCUUCCUUUUUUUUUUUUUUUUCCCCUCAGCUUCUUGUCCCAGAAAUAACAGGGGAUGGUGCUGGAAAACACACCAAUGACACUAACACUGACCUACUGAAAGCUGUAUCAGGAAGAGUUACUGUUACCCUAUGACAUGUGCUAAGAACUUUCAAAGAAACGCUCUGAUUUGGUUUCUAUCAUAACAGCACCUGUUAAUUGACAAAUGUGGAACAUGAUGGAGAGCCCCAUUCCCCCAACUUCCCAAAGCGAAAAGCAAGAGUGUAAUUGUCAGUAACGUGAUAGUACUGUCAAAAGUACACAACCUGCUAUUAUGGGUUGUGAAACACAUAAUGCUUCCAUGUGGUCUAAGAUUGUAAAGUCACAAAAUUUUCACCAGGAUAGAGAAUAAAAAUGGAGAACUAUA